AUGGAAACACUACCGAAUGAAAUUCUUCUUCAUAUUCUUUCUUAUCUUGAAUUGUUCGAUCUGUUAACGGGUUUUUGGUCGUUAAAUAUACGUUUCAAUUCUCUUGUGUGUUUAGCUCUUUCAAUAGGUGAUAAUUCAUUAAAUACUGGUCUUAUUAUUAAACAAGGUUUAUCUUAUAAUAAAUUUUCUUCAUUAUUCUUUGAAUUGAUUUUAAAUUCAUCAUCUCUUUCUUCUUCUAUUCGACGUAUUCAUUUUGAUGAAACAAAUUCAAUUGUUUGUGAUCUCAUUUAUGAAUUGCUGUUUAAUGGUAGAAAUAUUCUUCGUUUUCCUAAUCUCAAAUCACUUGUUCUUACUCGAUGUAUAUCAAUUGAACCAAUAAUUCAAAGCAUAUCUUAUCUUAUUGAAUAUCAAUUAGAUGAACUUACAUUAACAUUUGAUCAUCAAGUGUUCAUACGGGAUUUUUAUGUAGACGAACAUUUGUCAAUGGCAUCUGAUACAGGUAAUAAGUCGUUUAUUUGA